AUAAAAACCACUCCCGGGCAUCGGAGCGCAUCAGUAUUUAAAACUCCUUGGACAUAAGUAGCCAGUAGCAGUCAGACAGUAACAAUAAAAAAAAUGGCAGGAUUAGCAGUCGUAUUGUUCGUCGUGGCAGUUUUGUGGUCUUGCGACGCCAAAAUACUCAAGCGGUGCGACAUUGUGCUUGAGCUGACGAGACAAGGGUUCCCGGAGUCCCAGAUGAGAGAUUGGGUAUGCCUGAUAGAGAAUGAGAGUGGCGGCGACACAGGGAAGAUUACGACAAAAAAGAACGGGUUCAAGGGCUACGGACUGUUCCAGAUCGACAGCAACUGGUGGUGCGCUCGCUCGAGCCCUUCCGCCCUUUGCCACAUCCCUUGCGCUGAGGUUAUCACCGACGACAUCACGAAGGCUUCGGACUGCGCCAAGCUGAUCUACAGACGCUUCGGUUUCUCGGCUUGGAGUGGCUGGAACCACCACUGCCAAGAAUCCCUGCCGGACAUCAGCAACUGCUAAGCAUUCUAAAUACAUUUGGCAUCUUAUGUUAAUUGUAAUAUUAAGUGCUAUUGUGUAACAAAAAGUGUGAAGUGCUAUUGUGUAACAAAAAGACUGUAGACUGUACAAACUUAUACUUAGAACUAAAAUUGGUGAUUACCCAAAGCUGAGAAGCUGCUCUAUGAUCAAAAGAUUGUAACAGAAAUAUUAUCAUUUCUUAAUAAGUAACGGAAGUACUUAGGUAGGUACUACAAAAAUUAAAAACUAUCGAAUGUGAUGCGAAAAGGAGUGCGAAGAUUGUGGAAUGAUUUUGGAGUAGAUAGCCCCAAUAAAGCCUUCUCCAAUUA